AUGCUGUCUACUAGUGCUGCUGCGCAGCUUCCCAGUUGCUGGUACCGCAUUCCCAGCCAUCUUAAUGUCCAUCAUCAUACCCGACAAAAGAGAAAACUCACCACUCUAUCGCUUGCCAAUGCAGAUAACCAAAUCCCUCUCAGGAACUUAUACGGUCCAAGUCUUCCUCAGACAUACAGUUGCUGCAAAGGGGUUGAAAGCAAUUACAGGUCUAGAUACAAUUCUGAUUCAAAUCAGGACGACAAACACCUGGUCCUUAUUAAAUUCUUCUCACUUGCUGACUCAGAAGACACCAAUAAUCAAAAUCCAGAAACCAGAAACCAGAAUCAACAUCAAGUAGACAGACAAAGGGAAUUCAAGGAAAACGACAAAAAAAGUGUACUUUUUACUAAGAUGUGGUGGGUAGAUUUGAAAGCGGCAUUUGGCCAAAGCAUCAACUUUGAGGGCAUUCUUUGUUCAACUAUGGUGAUCUUAAAAGACCCACAUUUGGCACUGCCCCAUAUUUCAGUUCGUGAUAUACGAUACAUUGACUGGGCUGCUCUACGUAGAAAGGGAUUUAAGGGUGUUGUCUUUGACAAAGAUAAUACUAUUACAGCGCCUUACUCUUUAACACCCUGGCCUCUGCUCGAGUCUUCAUUGGAAAGUUGUAAAUCAGAGUUUGGUCCAGAUAUUGCUGUAUUUAGUAACUCAGCUGGACUUAGUGAGUAUGACCAUGAUGGUUCAAAAGCUAGGCAUCUUGAGAAUACAAUUGGAAUUAAAGUCAUCAGACACAGAGUGAAGAAGCCAGGUGGCACAGCUGAAGAAGUAGAAAAACAUUUUGGCUGUGAUUCAUCACAGUUAAUCAUGGUGGGCGACCGUCCUUUGACUGACAUAGUUUAUGGCAAUCGAAAUGGAUUUCUUACUAUCUUGACAGAGCCAUUGAGUCUUACGGAGGAGCCAUUCAUCGUUAAGCAGGUGAGGAAGCUAGAAACUACAUUUGUAAAUUACUGGUCUAGAAAAGGAUUGAAGCCGCUUGAGCAGAAGCUAUUGCCAGAUCCCAGACAUUGUGUCAAAGAGCCACGUCCUUGA